GGCUGGGGGACAGGCCCGAGUCUAUACCAUCACCCACGAUGAGGCCGCCCGCAACACAGGUACUAUGUCCGGAAUGCUUUCUGUCUUCAGCGUGCCUGUCUUUGCAUUGUGUGAUCCCGGUGCUACUCUUUCUUUUAUCUCUUCUCAUUGCUUAGAGGCCUUGUCUAUUAGCACUGUGCAUUCUUGUGAUCCUCUCGAGGUUAGUCGAGCCUCGGGAAAAAUUAUUAUCUCUGAUUCGGUGGUUCGCAAUCUUUCUAUUUGUAUUGGUGGUCGAGUUCUGGAGGCCGACAUGUAUGUAAUUGAAAUGCGAGACUUUGACGUGAUCUUGGGCAUGGACUGGCUCACCCGUUACCGAGCUGAUAUCCGGACUGUGCCUCGAGUCAUCUUUUCUAUGCAAGCUAGGAAGAGCCAUUCCAAGGGUAGCUGUCAAGGCUAUCUUGUUUCCUUGGUAUCCGAUGUUGCCGAUGAGCGGGUACCCAAGAGAGUAUCCAUUAUUUGCGAGUACCUCGACGUUUUUCCUGAUGAUUUGCCCGGAGGACCACCAGACCGCCAGGUGGAGUUCACCAUUGACCUAAUUCCAGGAGCCGGCCCCGUUUCUAAGGCCUCUUAUCGCAUAGCGCCAAAGGAGCUUCAAGAGCUCAAGGCCCAGAUCCAGGAGUUGCUCAAGCUCGGUUUUAUUCGUCCGAGUGUCUCGCCGUGGGGUGCGCCCGUCCUAUUCAUGAUGGUGCGUGGCAAGUUCCUUCCCCAGAGCUUUUGGGACAGGAUGGAGCACGAGUUCUACCAUUUGCAGCAGGGCAGCUCCACAGUGGAUGAGUAUAUCCGCACUUUCACCCGAAUGUGCCUUUUUGCGGACGACGCGGUGAAUACCGAUCCCAAGAAGGCCCGCAAGUUUUUCAAGGGUCUCAAUCAGAGGAUCCGUGAACUGGUGGGGAGUCACGGACUGAUGUCUUUUGCCGACACUGUGAGUCGGGCUCAGGAGGUGGAGAGUUGUCUCAUCCCGAUAGCUUCG